UUUCAGAUCGGCAUCGUGAGAAAUAUCUCCAACUGGUCAAUCAAGCAACCUGGUUUCUUCCAUGGACAUUUUGCAUACCUAGAUUUUCCAAGAUUUGGCUCGCAUAUAAAUCCCAUUUACAUCAACAUGGUGCGGUCACCGCUAGACAGGUUUAUCUCCUACUACUACUUUCUGAGACACGGGGAUAAUUUCAGACCAAGUUUAUCAAGGCAUAGAGCAAGGAGUAAUGAGACGCUUGAUGAAUGUGUUUUAAGACAAGGGUUUGACUGCGCCCCGGAGAGGAUGUGGAUACAGGUCCCUUUCUUCUGCGGACACAACCCAGAAUGCUGGAAACCGGGGAGCAGAUGGGCGCUGGAACAAGCCAAGUUCAACGUCGUCAAUAAAUACUUCUUGGUCGGAGUGACGGAACACAUGGAGGAGUUUGUGGCACUGCUCGAAGCAUCCCUUCCCUCAUUUUUUAAAGGAGCCCUUCAUCUUUUUAAGAAAGGAGAAAAGUCUCACUUGCGCAAGACAAUUCAAAAGAUAGAUCCCUUGCCUUAUACAAUGGACACACUCAAGAAUAGCGAAGUGUGGAAAAUUGAAGAUAAAUUCUAUAGAUUUGUGCUGGAGACAUUCAGAACUAACGUGGCUCGCUCGCUUGUCAUCGAUAAAGAUCAGUCAGUGCGCAUGGUCAAACAACAAUAUUCUUUUGAAAAGAUUCGACCGAAUCGAGCGUGGAAACGAUCUUCGAAUGGUUAGAAGCCGACGUAUGAAUCAUGAGGAACUCUUUAUAUUAAAAGGAGCGCAUGGAGCCCGAUUCUAUUCUACAUGUAUUUGGAUGGAUGUAUUUAUGUGUGCAUAUACUGUUGAAAUAUAUGACCAAUGGGAGUACAAUUUACAUGGCAUGUGUGUAUCGUGACAUCGCUCAGUUGUGUAAAACCUCUGUCACCCAAUGUCAUCCCUGCCGUCUUUGUAUAACUAUUUGCCUCUGUCCAAAUAAUAUUGUCAGAUGGUUAGAAAAUUCAAUUUAUUAUCUGAAAAAAUCUAUAUUAGAACGGAUCUAAAACAAAAUGAAUAUUGAAAUACAUGUAUACGCCUUCGUUUUUCAGAGGGAUUUGUUACCUAAAUGGUAAUAUGUGACAAGGUCUUCGUGGACUAUGGCAAAACAAAAGGAUUUCUGAUUCAUUAACAUUUGAAUUAAGUUUAUUAUAUAUCAAUACAAAUACUGUACACAUACAUUUUUUAAAGCAAAAUAUAUCUUUUUAGCAUCGUAAAAACAAGAAAAAAUUGCACAAUUUGGAAAACAUGUUUGAAAAAAAAUAUCACUGGUAGUUGAAAUACUUGGGAAAAUGAGCUUUUGUUGUGGCUUUACAACGUCCACUUGUAUGUUAAAUCAUUUAAAACUUAAAAAAUGACUUCAUGAAACACACCUGGGCCCUGUCUUACCAAGAGGUAGGAUCAAUCUGAUCAAU